CCGCCCAUCAACGCGCAUCGGGCCGCCGUUCGCGGCCGUCUCCUCGCACCUCGCUCAUCUUCUGCCGCAUCAGCGCAGCGCUCACCACCAGCACAUCGCACAGCUCGCAUCUCUUCACCAUGUCUGCGCAGCGACGAGCAGCGGAAUGCACGCUGCGCGCGUCGAGCCAAGUCGGGCAGGCCGACGAUGGACGCUUGCGAAGGGUCGCGCGCAUCGCGUCGCGGUGGAGUAGCAGCGUCGAGGCACGGGAGCAGUGUUGCGCGUCCAUCGCGCACGGGCCUGCGUCUCGCCCCCGCACCCUCCAAAUUUGGGUGUGGGGCACAGGAGCAGUGUGCGUGCAAAUGAAGCGGCGCGAUCAGAGAGGCGAGGCGGAUGCGCUGUGACGCGGGCGUGCGUUGAGUGCCUCCUCGAGAGGGCAAGAGGCACGCAGGCGGCCAAGCCACUCGCCCCGUCGCUUGCCUCGUCCGCAGACAGAUGCGGCAGAGAGGCGCAAAGCCUCGGCUCCGGCUCAGCU